AUGCAAUGGUCUAUUGUGGUGUGGAUAUGGUGUUUAAGAUUACCGUUUGUUCGUUGUAUCGACAAUUGGGUUAGUAUGUCAGCUGAGACAAGUGGAGCCCUCUGGUUGCAGAGAGACAUAAUGGGUAACGUUUCAAUAGACCAGGUUCCCCUAGUCGGUGUAGAUAUUAAAAAAGUUAUAUCUGUGUAUGGAGAAGAUCAAAGAACAGCUUUAUUGACUUUAAGUAAGCUAUUAGAGGUAGGGGUUCAGGCUUUGGUUGUGAAUGUAGAAUAUGACAACGAUGUAGGUCGAUGGCUCAUAGAGGAUUGCAAGCUAAGCUUUUCGGAUAUUAUAGGUUUAUUACAUAACCAUAUUUUGCAGACUGAGCAGAAUAUGUAUGCAAGCCAGCUGGUGUUAUUAUUGAAGAUUUCUGGAUUGGCAAACACUACGAUGGAUUUUCAGUCACUGGCAGAUGACCUGCGACAGUCGUAUCCCUACAUAUAUUCCAAACCAAACGGAGAUACCAAAAAUAAGCUUUUAAGUGAGGCAGAUUCUAAUUUAGAAUGGCCCACAUUAAAUGACUUUUUUUAUAACGAUCAGAAAAGAUUGGUUAUUGCCUUUUUGGAUGACAAAUCAUAUGGAGACGUUCCUGGGGUUUUUGAAUCAUCGAUUUUACAUCUGGUUACGGAUAAUAGUACUAUAACCUGCCCUAUUGGGAAUUUAGAUGAUAUAAUUGAGCAAACGAACCAAUCAUGGAGAUUUCUGUAUUCGGAGUUUCAACCUGAACAUAUACAGCACUUUAUCAGAUGUGGGUAUUCCCCGAUAAUUGCGAAUAAUUAUGAUUUAAGCAACAUCAGUGGUAUAGUGCCAUUAAUCCAAUCAGCAAUCAGUUGGCCAUGGUCGGAUGAGCUAUCUAUUGCCUCCGAUAACAGUAAGAGCAUAAGCAAAUCGUUGACUGAUAGAUGUGCUUCUUUUAGUUAUAACGCUUCUACUCAGGCAGGAUACUGGAAACUAUCUAACUGCUACGAAAGGCUAAAAGUUAUUUGCAGUUCUAAAGAUCAACCACAUAUGUGGCACCUAAAUGAUUCCUUCAAUCAACUAGAAGCAUCCGAGAAUACUUAUUUCUCAUCAUUUGAUUCUGCUGUUUGUCCUGAGAACUAUCAGGUUGGAUUGCCUAAGACCCCUAUGGAACGAAUCUCCCUUCAGAAGUAUUUGGCAGAUGUUGGUUCCCCAGAUGCUGAUUUCUGGAUAGAUUUGAAUUCUAUAUCGGUUAAAAAUUGUUGGGUUACAGGAGGACCGUUAGCAAGGUGUGCUUACGUUACCUUUAUACCAACUAGGAGUUUUUCAAGGAUGUUUUAUCCAGCAUGCGUUGUUUUGUUAAUAAUUACAUUGAUUAUUAUUUUAUUGGACCUGGUUAGGAUCCCAAUUCAAGAUAAUAGAAAAGGCUGGAAACGAAUUGUAAACACUUACGCAAAGUCAGAGAUUGAAGGAGUCCCUUCAUAG